AUCUCAUCCAACUCACCAGCCUCAGACUACCAGAACAUCCCCAGGAAACACCCUAAUACAUUACCAGUAAGUGAUUCUUGAUGGUGUUGAUCGUUGAUCAACUGAUUUGAUGAUUUGAUUGUUAUACUCGAUGAUUGUUGAUGAUCAUCCGUUCUCCCCACCCCUUUGAAGCCUCUCCAAAAUACAACCCAGAAAGAUGCGCUUCGCUGUAGCCACUGCCUUGGUCUUUGCCUUGGUCCAACUCUUGAUUCAAGGCCCAUCCUUCGCGGCCGCUCACUGCUUCGAAGCUCGCGAGGUUGCUGGCAAUGCCCAAGCUCUCAAGGCCGAACCUUACGGACGCCGAAGCUUUAUCCACUGUGGCAAGAAGCACAAGGAUGAUGACGACUACGACGACAAGGACGAUGGCUACGGCAAAAACUAGAGCCUUCCAAGCAUUGGGCUGUUAGGGGGAACCAUUUGUAGUCAACUUUUGGUUGUAGAAGAGUGAUGUCUCGAUCCUGAGCAUCCACUUAUUUGAAGAUCAAACCGAAGACCAAUAUCGCCGAUCUUGGCAGACAUCCGGUGCAAAUACCAUGACCUUCCUUCAUCAUCCAACCGUUUUCCAUAUCCCAAGCCUUGUUAUGUUAUAAUAUUGUUAGAUUCCUCCUCCUCCCCCCGCAUCUUUCUAAUAUUAGACUAGAAUAGAUGUAUUUAAUAAAAAAAAAUAUGUUCUUGAUCAGUCCCUUUGUUACAUCGGUGUUAGCCGAAGCGGGCGACACUUGCCAGGUGAAAAUCAUCGAAAAAAGAUCCAAGUUCCAAUCUUCCCUUGGCCAUUAUGUUUUAUUUGAGUCUAUCAGAGCGUCGUGCCCCGUGCCGUGAGGUUUUAAUGAUUGAGAUUAGUCUGAAGCCUAUGCGAAUAUGGUAUGCUG